UAAUCCAAAUAAAUAUUCCAUCGCUGUCAAAUCAAUUUUCAAUUUUCGUUCGUCUUUGUCGAAGAAAAUAAAUCGGUGAAUCAACUUCGUGGAUUACUUAAAAGUGUUAUUUAAACAUGACUUCUACGAUGCCAAACGACGGUGAUAGAAACGAGGAGCGUCGACGCCGGGUGUUACUGGGCCCGCUACCAGCCGGUUUCCUGCGGGCUGACGGAGACACUGCUGCAGACAAUGCCAUGGACGCAGACUAUCAAGCCGCGUUGGCGUUACAGCAACAACUAUGUGGAGCUCAGGUCCCCGCUGCAGGCCCGCCGUUGACAGCGAGGCUGAGCAUCACCAUAGCCCAGGCAAAGUUGGUUAAAAACUAUGGUUUGACCCGUAUGGACCCGUACGUGCGUCUCCGCGUGGGGCACUGCAUCUAUGAGACCCACACGGACCCCAGUGGCGGCAAGACUCCUCGCUGGAAUAAAGUUAUACACUGCUUGCUGCCCCCUGGCGUGAACUCGGUGUACCUGGAGAUCUUCGACGAGUGCUCGUUCACCAUGGACGAGCUGAUCGCCUGGACUCACAUCACCAUUCCGCAGGCGGUGCUUAAUGGCGAGACACAUGAGGACUGGUACCCGCUGAACGGGAAGCAGGGCGAUGGUGUUGAAGGCAUGAUCAACCUCGUCCUCAGUUACUCUGUGGGACCAGCGGCCGUGGCAACUUUCCCCCCAGUCCUAGUAGUCCCCAGCACGGGCAUGGGCUAUGCCGCCAUGCCAGUGUACCCGCAACAGCAACCCAUGCUGCCCCCGCAGCAGAGGGUCCAUCCGCCCCCACCGCCCCCUAUCACACCUGAACAGAUACAACAGAUAGAAGAAAUGUUCCCAAGCAUGGACAAGGAGGUUAUCAAGUCAGUGUUGGAAGUGAACCACGGCGACAAGGACGCCACCAUCAACUCUCUCCUUCAGAUGUCCGAAUAGUGACGUCACACGACGGGACACUGGGCGGUACUGGUCGAUGUUACUUUAUAUUUCAAAUUCAUUCUU